GUUUUGCUUAAUAAUUACAAAUGGCACAGACAGCGGACAUAUCCAGAUGCAACCAACUAAUUAGAUAACUGCGGUGGUCUUUAAACGAGUAAAAUGUAAGUUUGCAUAAAUUAUUCAGUCUGAUUACAUUGUCUAUAGAUAAUGUCGGUGAACUGUAUCAUGACGUUCACGCUACAUCACGUGAGAUUUCUGCAUUGCUGAGGUGUUAUAAUGUUUUCCACAAGUUACAAACGAGAACGAAAUCAACAGAAGAGUUAUUUAUAGUUUGUUUGCCAUUUUUAAAGUUACACAGGUCAUGUAGAGGCACACAACGACGAAAGUAUGUUUGACAAUGACCUUUGCAUUAAGAUUAUAUGUGAGUCGUCAUGUUAAAUUAGACCAUCUUGCAGUUAAGAGUUUCUUGAGAAAAUGUAACGUUUUAAAAUACUGUGUAUUUCUAAUGAUGUGUAUAUUCUGAAUUGUUCACUAUAUAUUCGUGAAUGAGUUUUAGCUAAAACGGAAUGUUCGUUUUGACAUGUUGGUUCUCGAUUUUGAAAUACUUAUUUCGAAUGACGCCAUUUGUUUGUGUACAAUUUGUAGAUAACGUCAGAACCCCAAUACACUCUUGCGGAAAAGGGUCUGUUGAUAUCAUUGCAGCACUGUUCUUAUAAGAAAAAUAAACAUGUAUUUUGGUCAGUAAAUAUAAGUAUUAAAGCAUGCAUUGUAUUAGGUAUAUGACUAUGUAAAUUGUGUGCUGGACUCCAUGAUCCCAAAAGAUCAAAAAUAUAACAACACGAGGAGACUUUUUACAGUGAAACAUUAGUUAGAAAUAAAACUGUAAUAUGGAAAUGAAGAAAUAUUUUAUUGCGUUAAAAGCACCGUCACGCAUUUUUCAUCUAGAUAGAUCCUAGCAUUGGUUGCAUGUAUUUUAAAAAUAUUUAAUUAUAUAUAAUAUUAUAAAAGGUCCGUUCUCACGCCGAUCAUUUAUUUAUUACUUGAAAAAUAAUUCUUAACGACAAAAAAGAUUAGGAUAAUCCCAUUUGUCGCGACGAGGCACUUUUAGUGAAUUUAUACAUUGUGCAGUGACCUAAUAAUGUAAACUUGACAUCCUUAACUGAGUUAUAUUUGGAAACUUGUAAUAAACAUAGAUAAAAGGGCAUUUGAUAUAACAGUCACAUUUAAAUUCAUUCUAAAAAACGGACAGAAAUAUCUAACAGGCAUUUUAGAUUUUGUCAAGUUUUAAAUGUGGAAAAUGAAUAAGCUGUGUGUUACAGUUGUGGUACUGCUAUCACUUUGCGUUUGCCUUACAUCAGCACGUCCUAGACUGCGACAUAAUGUCCAACAAACGCCAACAAACAUUGGAACAGAAGACAAAACGGAUACUGAAGAAACAGUUAAUAUUGAUAUUGAAGAAAACGUUGGACAUAGAAACAGCGAUGAUUAUGAGGAUAUAAUGGAAGACAACGGUUCAAGUAGUAUUUUCCAAAACAUUCUAAACAACAUGAGGAAAGGCCAAGUGACGAAAGAGUCACUGUCUGGAUGGAUGUCUCAAAUUAAGACCGCAAUGUCAAGAGGGUCUCUUUCUUCUCAAGCUGUCAGCCGUUUCAUGGCCUCACUAAAAGAAAAAUUGUCUGGGACUCCGUUUGAAAAUUGCUGCCCACUGGGGUAACUGCAGUAACAGAAAUGGCAAAAAAAACUAUACUGUGACUAUAAGGCUGAAAGUUAACAGAUUUUUACAUCGAUAGUUAGGAAACAAUUGAAACUGUUCAUCGGGAUUGAUGGAAUUACUUCAGAGCUGUUUUAAGAGGUCGAUAGGAGUGAAAUAAUUGACUUAAUGCCUAAUUUAUUUCUUAUGAAGCCUUAUUAAAGUAACUAUUUCCUAUCUAUUUUCUUCACUGUUUAUACAUCAAAUGCUGCUGUUCUUAGAGAACUUGAUAGGUUUCCGCUUUCCCUUACUUGUAAAGAGAGGUCUUUAAAAUAUUGGUUGAAUAUUGUGAAAAAUCAGAACUCAUUGAUGAACCAUAAUGUUAUAAUGUUCUGGGUUAUGGCGCUAAUAAUAAGAACAGAUGUAAUAAUGUGAAAACGUGUCUUGAUAUGCUAGGAUAUAGUGAUAUUAUGUUGAACUUUGAUGCAAAUAUUGAACAGUCAACGUUGACGCGAUCAAUAUGUUCAGAAUUGGAACGAAAGUUUAAGUAACCAGCCAAAGAUGCAAUACUAUGUAAAGUUUAAAACAGAAUUCAAAUUUGAAAAAUAUCUCGAUGUUAUUCAAAGUGAAAAAGCUAGAAUAGAAUAUUCUAGAUUUAGGCUUAGUUCACAUUGUCUUGAAAUUGAAAGUGGUAGAUACCAUGGAUUUGACGGAGAGAACAGGAUUUGUAAAAUAUGUACCAGAAAUCAAGUUGAAAGUGAAUAACAUUUCUUACUUUGUUGUCCGUCAUUUGCACAUUUACGCCAAAUAAUUAUAAAAAAAAAUAGUUCUUGGGCAUCUGUUACCAAAUUUAGAAAUGUUAUGUCUAGUUCAAAUGUUAGAAUCAUUAGAAAUCUUGCAAAAUAUGUUUAUAGUGCAAUGAAAAUUAAGAAGGAAAAAACUUGCAGUUAUUGCUGCUGCUUAGAAAUUUGUAAUAUUUAUAAUGUGUAUUGUAUUUGUUUGUUGUAUUGCAUGUAUAUAUUUUCAACCUCUUGGCCAUAUUUAUUUAAUGUGUUUGAAAAUGGCCAAAGGGCAUUGUAUAAGUACUGAUUUGCCAAUAAACUGAAACUGAAACUAUAAAUCA